UCCAAUACGCAUGUGCAGGUUAUCCCGGUUACACUCCUCGUGAGCGCGCACGCCUUUGGAGUGUUCAGUCACCGACGGCGUCGUGCAGCCAAGGGACAACAAUCACCAGGAGAACGCGCUGAAAUCACGAAGAAAUGGGUCGUCUAACAGUGUUGUUACUCUGUUUGGCUCUUUUGGUAUCGGUUGUGGCCAGACGAGGGGGUGGCGGUAAAGGUGGAUUCAGUUGGGGAAAAAGUAGGGGAAGCUCAUACAAAGGUGGAAGCAGCAGUAGUAAUAAAGGCACGUCAUCACGUGGGACACACUCGUCCCCUGGAAACUAUCCUCGCCAACCUCAAGUACCAAAUCAGAAUCCACCCCCCUACCCUGGUACUGGAGGUGGGUAUCCAGGGCAGGGCAGAUAUCCACCAGCAGGCUCUAACCCCGGUCAACGAUACCCUAACCAAGGCAGCUACCCAGGGCAUGGUGGUUACCCGGCCCAAGGUGGUUAUCCAGCUCAUGGUGGUUAUCCAGCUCAAGGUGGUUACCCAGCCCAAGGUGGUUAUCCACAAGGUAACUACCCGGGGCGUAGUGGUUACCCAGGACAAGGAGGUUACCCAGCACAAGGUGGUUACCCAGGAGCAGGUUCAUACCCCAACAGGAACCCUGGACAAGCCGGAGGAUAUGGAAAUCCUUACCCAGCUGGAGGCUCUUAUCCAGGUUAUCCAGUCCGGGGAGGUUCCAGCCCUAAUCAGUUUGGUGGAGGUGUUGCAGGUGCAGGUGGAUAUCCUGCAGCGGCGCAAUAUCCUUACUGGAAUCCCAACAACAAAAUCAUGAGCCCAGGCUACGGUGGCAACUACGGUAGUUAUGGGUAUGGUGGCAGAUCACCUUUUGCCCAGUCAGUGCAUAACAUGGGUAUGGCCCCUUCAUAUAAAUCACAGGGGUUUGGCAAGCAGGCGAUUAUGGCUGCUGGGGCUGGGGCUGUGGCUGGUAUGGCUCUGGGAUAUGGCCUCGGAAGUUUCCCUCGCCCCCGUUUCCAAUUCCACAGCCCACAGGAGGAACACUAUUACAAUCACUACAUGUACAGACGUUACGGCCAACCUCCCCCUGACGGUAACAUGAACUCUAACUCUCAAGGUGGAAAACCAGGCAAUGCAGGGUCGACCUCUGCAGGACAAGGAAACAUUAACCCUCAUGACAUCCUCCAGAAUGCUUCACCAGAGUCCUAUGAUAGCUUCAUGGACAAGUGUGUGAAGAGGACAGACUUGCUCCGAGAGAAACCGGAAGGAAGAUCGAGGAGAUCCACUGACUUUGUUGAGGCUCAAGAAGCAGAAGUAGCCAAUGAUCCUACUGGUGCUCAAGAAAAUGCAACAAGCAACAACAGCACUGCAGAAAGAGACACAUCCAGAAGCUCUUUAUUUGUAACCUCAAAGCCGCCCGAAACACCCAGUCAGCCUCAAAUGCAUACCGAGGAAAGAAAAGCAGAAGCUGACGGUGAUGACGAUGACACCGUUAGCAUUAUGGAGAUUGGCUAUCCUGUGCUAAUUGAGCAAAUGAAAGCACGACGUUGUGUCGAGCUGUACAUGGUCUAUGCGGAACAACAUGCAGAAAAACAGAUGCAGGUUCGCAGUAACAUAGAUGACAAAACUAGCACUGGUGGCAGUGACUUACCUGGACCCUUUGGCCAUGGAGUCAUGCUACUCUUUACUAGCAUUCUGUCGCUCAUCUUCAUUUCCCUUCUACACUGAAAUUCUGGAAAAGGUUACACAUAAAGCCAUUGAGUCAGAAUGAAAAAUGGAUUGUUCGCACCCAUCAAAUGUUAUCUGAGGAAUUUGUCUUGGAUGCUUAGAGACUCUGGACAAGGUACUCUCGAAAGACUAAUUGAAGAUUCAACAGAAAGAAUUUCUCACAAUGACUCCUGCAAAUUUACACUAAUAAAUUGCAACAUGGGCCACCUAACAAUUUGUCAUGUGCCCACAUUUCAUAGCCAUUUCCACGGUAGCAAAAAACAUUUGCAUACAAGUACUUUUACAAUAUUCACCUUCUAUAACUGCCACCUUCUUGCAUGUGUUUUGAUGAACACUAACUUCUAUUCUAAGACGGAAUAAAGCAUGAACCCUUUAUUAUCUCCAAUUUAAACAGAAUUGAGCAUGCCAUUCGCAUUUGACUUAUUGUUUUCCACUAGCAACAGCAGUAACAACAAACCAUAAUUAUUUUGUUUUUAACAUGGAAUGGUGACUUCCAGCUCUGUUCACAUGAUAGCACUCCUACUUGUGUAGUACAUAUGGAAAAUUUUGUUUUGUAGUGUUUUCUCUGAUUGUUUGGAAUGAUAACUUAGGGAUUAACUUUCUACUGCUGU